AUGAGACAAAGGAGAGCACUUAGACAAUUCACUUUGAGUACAGGGAAGUCUGCUGGUAGGAAUUCCUCAGGGCGUAUUACGGUUUUUCACCGAGGGGGUGGAUCGAAGCGAUUGCAGCGAAGAAUUGAUCUGAAACGAAGCACUUCGUCUAUAGGCAUUGUAGAAAGGAUAGAAUAUGAGCCUAAUCGUUCUUCUCGAAUCGCUCCAGUACGAUGGACCGGGGGGGGGGUCCGCCAGAGAAAAUGCAAGACGAUAGAAGAGUUCGCUCCGCCGCGUAAGAUCCUCGAAUCAACCACGACUACCAUCUGCGGUCCAUUUUCGUUCUCUUCCCUGCCCGGGAAGGGGGAUCAAAGAAAGGUAGCUUGCUUCUCUCCUGGACGGAUGGCGACUUAUGUAGUGGUCGGCCUUCCUACCAGAAUGCCUUCUUGGUCGAAGAGCCCCUUUUUUACUAGUAAGGACGCAGGAAGCAAAAAAACUUGCGCGAAGGACGUUUUCUUCUCUGCCCUCUCCUCUCCAAAGGCCAAGGGAGAGACUGCAUCCCUUUCCUUCGGUAGCUCUUUUGGUUUCCCAAGGAUAGCGGUAGCUGGGGCAAAGCCCGCUUUCUUCGCUCCGCGAAUGAGAGAGAAAGUCAGAGGAAAAAACACGUUCUCUCUUUGCGAGAUCCGAAAGUGGAGAACGCAUAGCAUUCUAUGGGUACAUAGGAUCAAACGUAAAGCAGCGCUCUCUUGGCAGAGUUUUAGGCGGCAAGAGACUUUAGGGCUUGUUGGAGCUUCUGAGCGUAACGAAUCGAAGCCGAAGACGGAUCAAGGUAGCUUGCCUGCCAAGCCGAUAGGCGAAGGGCUGAAGGAUGGAACGUGCAAAGUAGAUCGUGCACCUGUCACUUAUAUAAUAGCCAGUCAUCAAUUGGAAGCGGGCAAGAUGGUGAUGAAUUGCGAUUGGUCUAAACCUUCGACUAGCGACUUAUUGCGACCUGCCCAGAAUGCCCAUACAGACUAA